GGAUCGCGACGUCCGUCAUGCGGAAGUCCCGGGAUUCUUAUUAACAUGAAAGCAAAACAGUAACGCAGAUUAACUUCAAUUUAACGUGACUGUGAUUCGUGUUGUGUUUAACCACAAAAGCCGAAGUAGUUUCUCCCGGAAAGGAAGCUGAACGCCGUCUAAAUGUCGUCCGAGGAAUUCGAGAAAUUGCAGGAAAUCUAUAAGUCUCUGUAUGAGGAGCUCAAACUGAUGCCCGACAGAGCUCCGACAUGCAACGCAGAGGAGCGGAAGAGGCUUCUGAGGACUUUCGAUGAGAGACACGGGGAGGCUGAUGAAGUGUUACAAGGAAUGGAAGAAGAGUUGCGUGCUGCACCUUCCUCCUACCGAAAUCUAAUGAGUACCAAGCUGCGCAUGUAUCGCCGCGACCUGAACAAGCUGCAGAGGGACAUGAAAAGCUCCACUACCGGCUUCGGUUUGUCUUCCUCAACAGUGGAAGGAAGUCAUCAUGGCAUCUAUUCCUCUCAAAACCAACAAAGUACCCACCUGCAGUCCCAGAGAGCUUUGCUGCUGCAGGGCACCGACUCUCUGAACAACGCCAGCCUGAGCAUCGAGCGGAGUCAGCGCAUCGCCGCUGAGACGGAGCACAUCGGCAACGAUAUCAUCGAGGAGCUGGGGGGGCAGCGGGAACAGCUGGACCGCACCAGGAACCGAUUGGUGGAUACUGGAGAGAACCUCAGUCGGAGUAGAAAAGUUCUUCGUGCAAUGUCGCGGCGGCUGGUGACAAACAAGCUGCUGUUGGGUGUCAUCAUUUUAAUGGAGCUGGCCAUUCUGGGUGCUGUGAUUUAUCUGAAGUUCUUCCGGCGAUGAGCAAACAGUCCGAGAAACAAUCUUAAGCUCUGUAUGGAGGUCAAACCCGGACACUCUUCAUCUGACUCCACCGACCAUCCGCAGCAAUAAUUCCCCUGUGCCGCACCCACCCGACGGUCUCUGAAUGGAUCCGGACACUGAGGCGGUUCAGACAUGCGGUGAAACGACCUUUACGACGGGGGAUUCUGUUCUGUGGCAGGUGAUGUUAAUUUCUCAAGAAUGACGAAUGCUGAUUGUUGAACCUGCUAAUGGACCUACAGAGACUCCAGAAGCUCCACACACAACAUUUUACCUGCGAUUUGCACUGUAAUCAAACUGUUAACGGACGCCCUGCAGGGAGGUUUUGUGGACUCCGUAUGGGUCCUUUGCAGGGAUUUAUUUCCACAUGAGUACGAUGUGCAUGCAUGCGUAACCCUCCGGUCACCGUCCCUGUGACUGAAUGUUACUGGUGGAAAGUUCUGGGAGGUUUAUACAUUCUCAGAUUGGGACACUUAAUUAUUAACCCUCCAAGCAAGUGUAUUGUUCAUUUAUCUUUUUAGAACACAAACCCACAGCAUUGGCACUAGUUGAAUAUCUUUUGUUGCUGUCUCUUAAUACCCCACAUCCAAAUCAUUGUAUUUGGCUUUUUUUCAUUUCUAACUAUUAAAAACCUAAGGCUCUUAACGCAUGCAACUUAACAGUUAAUAACGUUGUCUGAUCGCUGAAUGACAUACAAAUCAAUGUUAUAAAAAGCUCCACUGUUCCUUAUCUCCGUGUCUCCAAAUCUUAUAAUAUUCAUCUUUUUGUUUGCAUCCUAUCUGGUUUUUCAAACAAAGUUAGGAAAACAUUUGCUUCGGACCUGAAGUCACCGAAUGUGUUGGUCAGGUGGCUGCUGGGUAAACAGCACCUGUUGCUACGGAAUUAAUUCCCAAAUAAUGAUGAUAGGGAUCUUCUCAGUGCCGUGUUUUUGAAGUGGAACAUCUGCCACAAUGUUUUUCUUCCGCAUAGAUAUCAUGCCUUCCUAGAGUGGUUCCAAGAACAAAAACAUGUUUGCUGACCUUCUUUAGGGGAUCGGGUGAGAUAGAAAUGAAUAUGUGAAUCUUUUGUCUGAAGUAUUGCUUUCGUGUCUCUUUUAAAAAAAAACUUAGAACUUUGCGGUUGACAGCGGCAACACUGUGGUCUAUAAUUGAACAUGAAAAGAUGAUGCUUUAUGUGAUUGAAGUGGUUGUAACCAUAAAUAUUACUGUGAUUCCAGCGACACUAUUAACAGUUUAUACCAGUCAAAA